AUGGCCAAUUAUUAUAUUCAAUCAAAUGAUAAUUUUGAAUUGAUAGAGGAAAGAAAAAAAUGUUCUUUUGAUACUCAAACUUUGGCUACCCUAUACUAUGGUGGUGUUGAUAAAUUAAAAAAAAAAAGAGAUUUUGAAAAGUUUAUUGAAAAUUUACCUGAGUUUCAAAAUGAAAAACCUAUUAUUUUUAUGAGUAGACUGGAAAGAUUUGAAGUUAACUCUAAAAAAUGUGUUGCAUUUCUUGAACAUUUUUUUAAUGAAGUCGAAACCUCCAAUCCUAAUGAAGCUGCAAUGUUUUAUGAAAAAUUUUUUUCAUAUGAAGGAUCACCAUUGUCACUACAUUUUUUUGUUUUUUUACCAAAUAUUCUUAAUUCAAUGGAAGGAAAACAACAAGAGUAUUGGUUAAAUCUUGUUAUGCAAAAAAAAAUUAUUGGAACAUAUGCUCAAACUGAAAUGGGGCAUGGGACUAAUCUAAGAAAACUAGAAACAACAGCCACUUAUGAUAAAGAGAGUGAUACAUUUAUAAUUAAUAGUCCAACGACAACAUCAACUAAAUGGUGGCCAGGAAAUUUGGGAAAAACUUGUAAUGUUACGAUUGUUGUUGCACAAUUGUAUAUUGAUGGUAAAUGUUAUGGACCACACUCUUUUAUGGUACAAAUAAGAGAUUUUAAUACUCAUAUGCCUUUACCAGGGAUAACAGUUGGUGAUAUUGGACCCAAAUUUGCUUUUUCAAGUAUUGAUAAUGGAUUUAUAAGAUUUAAUAAUGUUAAAAUUCCCCGAAAAUUUAUGUUUAUGAAGUAUGCUCAAGUUGAAAAAGGUGGUAAAUACAUUAAACCAAUUCAUGAAAAAGCAGCAUAUGGAUCAAUGGUAUUUGUGAGAUCAGUAAUGAUACAUCAACAGGCACAAUACUUAGCUAUGGCAUGUACCAUAGCUAUAAGAUAUAGUUGUAUUAGAAGACAAGGAGAAUUAGAUGAUAAAACUAAAGAAGUUAAAGUUUUAGACUAUCAGACACAACAAUAUAGACUAUUUCCUCAGUUAGCCAAAACUUGGGCAUUUAUAUGUGGUGGAAAAUAUAUUCUUGAUUUAUAUAAUAAAGUAAACCAAGAAAUGUCAUCUGGAAAUACUGAUCUUUUACCUCAACUUCAUUGUCUUACAUCAGGUCUUAAAGCUGUUAUUUCUUAUCAGGUUGGUUUAGGAAUUGAACAAUGUCGAAUGAGUUGUGGAGGUCAUGGAUAUUCUCAUGCAAGUGGUCUUCCAAAUAUUUAUGCUACACAAAUUGGUGGAUGUACAUAUGAAGGUGAAAAUAUGGUUAUGCUUCAACAAUGUGCAAGAUAUAUUAUGAAAAUUAUUGACACCACUGAGAAUAAUGAAAGUACAUUAAAAAAUAAUAAAUUAUUUGGAUAUUUUUUUAAAAAUUAUAAUAAUCAAAAACAUAAUAAUAUUCAAAAUAUUUUUGAAAAAAUAUCUUACUACACAGCAAUAGAAGUAAAAAAUAGAUUAAAUAAAUUAAAGGAAUCUGGUAUUAAACAUGAAAUAGCAUGGAAUGAAUGUGCUGUUGAUCUUUGUCAAGCAGCUAAAGCUCAUAUUAGAGUUUUUUUAUGUUUUGUUUAUAAUGAAUUUAUCAAAAAAAUUGAUGAUCUUCAUAUAAAAAAUACAUUAAAUUUAUUGAAAGAAUUAUGGGAGACAUAUGAAUUAAAUCAAAUUUCUGCUGCUGCUUUGAAAUACAAUUUAAUUUCAGGUGAAAAACUUGAUGAAAUCAAAAUUGAAAUGUAUAACAUUUUGAAGAAGAUUAGACCUCAUGCUGUUUCUAUUGUCGAUUCAUUUGACUUUUCUGAUCGUGAUUUAAUUUCUGUUUUGGGAAGACGCGAUGGAAAUGUCUAUGAAAAUUUAUUAAAAUGGGCUCAAGAAAGUGAGUUAAACCAAUAUGAAGUUUUACCAUCUCACACAAAAUACUUGUUACCUAUGACCAAUGAUAAUAAAAAGAGCAAACUUUAG